GUUGAAAGGGAAAAGGUCGUCGGAAACAUGGCUGCUCCCCUGGAUGACAUGUUUUCCCUCUGCGUGGACCCCGGUAAAGUUGCCGCCUGCGUGGAAGUCCGGUUUAUAGACAACAUUAAGGGCAAAGGUCUCUUCGCCAAAAAGAGCAUCAAGAAGGGAGAAGCCAUUUUUUUGGAGCGGCCUCUGGUCUCUGCCCAGUUCCUGUGGAAUGCUUUGUAUAAAUAUAAAGCCUGUGAGUACUGCUUACGUGCUCUGGAGACUGCAGAGGAGAAUGCAAGGAGACUCAGCGGCAUCCCCGGGCUGAGCCUUCCUCACCUUGAGCUCUGCCGCGUUCGACCAGAGCUGCACCAAGCCUGCCCUCAGUGUCAGGUGAUGUACUGUAGCAGCGAGUGUCGACAAGCUGCAGCAGAUCAGUAUCAUCGAGCUCUGUGUUUGGGUUCCUCCCAGGAAGAUCCGGACCACCCCAUCAACAAGCUUAAAGAUGCAUGGAGGAGUAUGCAUUAUCCCCCAGAGACCUCCAGCAUCAUGCUUAUGGCCAGAAUGGUAGCUGUGGUCAAACAGGCCAAAGACAAAGCGCACUGGCAGAAGCUGUUUUCAUAUUUCUGCAGCCGGGCAGCUAAUGAGGAAGAAGAGAUCGCCCAUAAGCUCCUGGGAGAUCAGUUCAGAGGGCAGUUGGCCUUGUUACACACCCUUUUCAAAGCGGCACUUUAUGAUGAUCAUCUGACUCGGUGGUUUGUCCCCGAGGGUUUCCGCUCUCUGUUUGCUCUUGUGGGAACCAACGGACAAGGCAUCGGCACCAGCUCCCUGAGUCAGUGGGUUCAUGCCUGUGACGCACUUGAGCUCCCUGCCCAGCAGAGGGAGCAGUUGGACUCUUUUAUCGACCAGCUAUACAAGGACAUUGAGAAAGAAACGGGAGACUUUCUAAACUGCGAGGGCUCUGGACUUUUUCUGCUUCAAAGCUCAUGUAACCACAGCUGCAUACCCAACGCAGAGGCAUCCUUCCCAAACAACAACUUCCUGCUUAAGCUCAGUGCCCUUAGUGACAUCAACCCAGGAGAGGAGAUCUGCAUCAGUUAUCUGGACUGCUGUCAGCGGGACCGAAGCCGUCAUAGCAGACACAAAAUUCUGAGGGAGAACUACCUGUUCGUCUGCUCGUGUCCAAAGUGUGUCUCCCAGAUGGAUGAGCUGGAUGUGACAUCAGAGGAGGAAGAGGAAGAAGAAGGCGAGGCAGAAGGUGAAACAGAGGGGGAUGAGAUGGAAGACGAGAUGACAGAUGUCUGAUGAAACACUUGCCCAUAUUGUUCUCAGCCGUUCUUAUUCCUACACCACGCUCAGCAUCCAUUGGAGCCCAGAAGAAUAAAGACCAGUCCAAACGUGUGGAAAAAUGUUUUCUCAUCAACACAUUUCACUCAUUCUUUGUCCAGUUUCAGAGAUCAGCUUUUCCUUAAAUGAUGUAUUUGUAUGUUAAGUGUGUCAAUAAUAGGACAGCAAUGUGCUCUCUACUUCAGCACAAUGACCUAACAAAAACACCAGGAGCCAGGACCACCACAUGACUUUCAAAGUUCAGGGUUUUGAUAGUGUUCACAUCCAAACGGGAACGGUUAAGGCCUUUUUACCCUCGGGGGCUUUGUAAAAAGGGCUGACAUUUCUGCAUCAUUCAUCAAAUGUGGACAUAAACACCUUGAAUCUACUUCAUUUUUUAUUUAUUUUUUUGCCACUUUUGGGCAUCGCCACCAGUUGUAACCUCUGAAAUAUCACCCUAAUAAACAGUAAUGUAAAGCCCCCUGAAAAACUUGGUUUUGCUGCCCUCCUGUGGUUUAACUUCUUCACCUUGCUGCAGUAACAGGGGAAAUCCAGUACACCAUGACAUGGCUUAUUGGGUGUGGUUACAGGUGUAACAGAGCACAUGUCUGACCACAAGCUUGAAAACUUUGGACCAGAGAGGCUGGUUAAAUCAUCCAUUAUUAAUAUAAACAUAUUGACUAGAGCAGCUCUAAAUUAAAGCUGAAAGUUUGUACUUUACCUAUGAUGAUUUGAUUGAAAUUAUUAAUUUGGUCAAUGUCUCCCAAUGUGCUGGAGUACAGAGCCAAAACAACACUGUCCUCUUACUUCUUGCACUGUUAGACAUCCACUAAAUACAACAAUAUAGAACAGUUAUCAUUUCUUGUACCUGCCAACUCAGGCAAAGGCAAAGUGAUCAAGCAAAGGUCAAUAGGUUCUCAGGUGUUUUCUCCACUUAAGAGGUUUCUUACAUGACUAUGCAUACUGUAUUGAAGAGGCUUUUUAUUUAUAUUCCGUUGUAAUUACAGUCUUGUCAUAUGGGAGGCAUCCAGCCAGUGAAAUAUAGUUUAGUUUUCGUACCAUGAUCUAUUGUGUUACGUUAAGCCUUUCUUAAUGUAUUAUGGAGACCUUGAGUGGAAAAUUGCUUUGUCAGUAACUGUUUGCCCUUUCUUGAGAACUGUAUUUCAAACCGCAGUUCCACAUGAGUGAAAGUGCUGCUGCUGCCCACACAUAAAUCAAUAUUUCAACAAUGACUGUAAUCACAAAUCCCAAUAUUUUCAGUUACUAAACAAAGAUUGGAAAUAUUGAAUGAGUAAUCCCAAUUUUCUCAGUUGGCAUUCAACGCAGUGGCACAGGAGAAGAUGGCUUUGUAAGUCACGCAAGUAUAAUUUAAAUAUUAUAACCACAGCAAACAGGAGCCUAGCAGUUGUCGUUUUUACUACUCUGGCAUAAACCAUUGAAAUUGGA